AUGCGGAAGGGUCUGUGGAAACUCAACUGCUCCCUUUUAGAGGAUAGGGAGAUAGUUAGGGACUACCGGGAGCAGUACACAGAGUGGCAGACCCUUCAAGACUCAUACGAUUCACGGGCACACUGGUGGGAAAUGGUGAAGGGAAGGACCCGGACGUUCUUUAGGAAGGGAAGUCCCCAGGAGAUCACGGACAGCCUCCUGCUGAUCAGAGACACCAUCUGUUAUGCGAGAGACAGAAACAUUAGGCUGGUAGUCCUAAAUUUAGACUUUGAGAAAGCUUUUGAUCGGGUCUCGCACCAGUACCUGUUCCAGGUACUGCAAAAAAUGGGCUUUCCUGACAGGUUUAUAGCUUGGGUGGGACUGCUGUACCGGGAUAUCAGCAGCAAAUUUCUUGUUAAUGGGCACCUGACAAAAGCAGUGAAUAUCAACUGCGGCGUCCGUUAGGGUUGUCCGUUAUCUGCCCUCCUCUAUGUGCUCUGUAUUGAACCACUGGCACAGAUCUUGAGAAGGGACCAAUGGAUCAACGGGGUGGGAAUACCAGGGAGUGGGGGACUGACCAGUAAGUGCUUUAUCUACAUGGACGACAUCAACCUUUUAUGUACCGACCUUUUAUCUGUCAACAGGACGCUGGACUUGACUGACUGGUUCGGACUGGCCUCUGGGUCUAAAUUAAACAGACACAAGACCCAAGCCCAAUUUUACGGACCAUGGACGGCGACUGAACAGACCGGACUUCCUCUGACAGUGACCCAGACAGACAUUAAGAUACUGGGGGUCAAAUUUGACAAGGAUGGGGGAGGGAGGACUAAUUGGCCAGACAAGGUUGGGAAGGUCAGACAGAGACUUGGGCACUGGCGACUACGACGACUGACGAUGGAGGAAAAGGUUUUAAUCAUCAAAUCAGUGAUUUUACCCUUGCUUUUAUUGAUCAGUUGUGUUUUUAUCCCACCAGGAAAUGUGCUUUUAGACCUGGAACGUGCCAUUUUCUACUUUUUAUGGGAGUCCAAAUGGGAACGUCUGAGGAGGGACAUCGUGAAGCGGCCAAAGGAGAAGGGAGGGAAAGGCGUUCCCGACCUGUUUUUAUUCCUGGGAGGAGGAUACACCACCCUCAAUAUAAGAGCUGCCACGGCCCCAUCCAGAAACCCCAAGACGGCGGCCAUGGCCCGGUUCUGGAUGGGAUCCUACCUCAGGAGGCUGAAGUUCCUACCCAGUGAUCUUAAAGUGCCAGUGUCUUUUAAUCUACCCCCUGCUUAUGGUUUUAUCCAGAAGUUUUUAAAGCAUUUUAACCUUGAAAAGGAGGAGUUGCAUGUUUUAUCUAACCACCGUUUUAUCACCUCUGUUGUGCAGGAGCGGGAACCAGUGAGCCCAGUGCGGGGGCUUGCACUAGGCGAGCCCACCCAAGUUUGGCGCAACGUGAACCAUCCUGUCCUCCCGAACCGACUCCGGGACCUGUCGUGGAUGGUGGCUCACGAGAUUCUCCCGGUCAGGUCCGUUAUGCACUCCCGGGGCAUGUCGGCGUCCUCAAUCUGCCCCCGGCCGGGUUGUGGCGCGCCUGAGUCGGUGAGGCAUCUGCUCUGGGAGUGCAGCGCUGCCGUAGAACAGUGGGCACUGGCCAGCUCCUUGCAAUUCCCGUGCUUACCAGCGGGGGAGGCCCUCACAGCACAGCUAGUGCUGUAUGGAGUGAGCCCGACCCAACCACCAUCUGGGGCCUUCGCACGGCAGUGGCUCACUCUCGCCGCCAUCAAAGACGCCACCUGGGCCUCCAGAAACCUGCUGGUGAGAAGGCACAAGUAGAUCCCCCCCGUGGUCGUGAUCCUGAAGGCAGCAGCGGCGGUCUGACAGCCGUCGCUGCAGGCGGCGAGCCGAGGACUCGGCCACAAAGAAGAAUCGCCUCUGUGCUCAUUCAGAUGAAGGAGCUGGAGUCACACGGGAAAAGUUCGAGGCAGCGGCAGACCUGGCUCUCCGGGAGAGGCAGGUGGGCAGGAGCAGCAGGGGGGGGUCCCCUCUGAGCACCA